ACGAACGGCAACUGAAUAGCUCCCCAAACAUGGAUUAAAAUUGUAGUUGUUGUUUCUCGGGUCGCCGGUGCUUCAGAGUGUCGAGCCGAUGUCCAACACGGCGAGGAGCGGAGACUUAAUCCACUUAAACGUGGGCGGGAAAAGGCGAGGAAGCGCAGACAUAUUUGAUAGCUAAAUGCAGCUAAGCUAGCUUAGCUGUGGGAAGUUUCCAAUGUCGGACACGUUCAGGUCCCAGCAACUCCGUCACUUAAUUACAUCCUUUCACAUAGAUCUACGGUGUAUUAAAACACACACCCUGGGUCUUGUUACACUAAAGUGCAGUAUUCAACGAGCCGAGGCUAAACGUUAGCGUAAACUUUGGGCACAAAACAAUGGCUACUGUCCGACAAUGGAAGUAACUAAUUGUGACAUUCUAUUUCCUGAAACACACAAAUGGCUGAUUUUAAAACAACUGGUGGGACGAAGGUUGACGAGAAGUUUCACUCUUAGCUCCUCAGUCUUCAUGUUUUGUCACAUUUCCCCCUCUUAGCUUCUUUUGUGUUUAAAAACACACUGAAGUGCUCUCUGAAAUGUGUGUUUCUUUAUAGGUUCAGCACCUCCCGACAGACGCUCACUUGGGUUCCUGACUCCUUUUUCUCCAGUCUUUUGAGCGGACGGAUCUCCACUUUGAAGGAUGAAACCGGCGCCGUGAAUCUUCAUCGACAGGGAUCCCUCUCUGUUUGCACCCAUCCUCAACUUCUUGCGGACCAAAGAGCUCCACCCGCGCUCCAUCAGUGUGCACAUGCUCAUGCACGAGGCCGAGUUCUAUGGGAUCACGCCGCUCGUGCGUAAGCUGCAGCUGUGUGACGAGUUGGACCGCUCUUCCUGUGGAAACGUCCUCUUUAACGGCUACCUGCCGCCACCGGUGUAUCCAGCCAAGCGUCGCAAUCGUCACAGCGUGGCGGGGUCACAGUUUAUGGCGGGUAGAGUCAUGCCUGGGGAGAGAGCGCCCGUCAGACGCAGUAACACCAUGCCCCCCAACCUGGGCAACUCGGGGAUGCUAGCCAGAGGGGAGGACAGGAUGCCUGGAGGUUUGUCUUCAGAUCCGGGCCUGGUUCGGAUCAUCUGUGGCCAUCACAACUGGAUUGCGGUGGCGUACUCUCAGUUUGUGGUGUGUUACAGGGUGAAGGAGUCCACCGGGUGGCAGCAGGUCUUCACGUCUCCUCGCCUGGACUGGGUCAUCGACCGGGUUGCGCUCAACGCCAAGGUGAUGGGCGGCUCUCUGGGGGACAACGACAAGAUGGUGGCCGUCGCCUCAGGAACUGAGAUCAUCCUGUGGUCCAUCUGCUCGGACGGCAACGGGAACGAGAUAGGCGUCUUCAGCCUCAACGUUCCUGUGGAGGCGCUCUUCUUCGUUGGUAACCAGCUGAUUGCCACCAGCCACACUGGGAAGGUCGGAGUGUGGAAUGCAGUGACUAAACACUGGCAGAACCAAGAUGUUGUUCCCAUCAGUAGCUACGACACUGCGGGAUCAUUCCUCAUCCUCGGAUGCAACAAUGGAUCCAUCUACUACAUUGAUGUCCAGAAGUUUCCUCUUAGGAUGAAAGACAACGACCUGCUGGUGACAGAACUUUACCGUGACCCGACUGAGGAUGCCAUCACUGCGCUGAGCGUGUACCUCACACCAAAAACCAGCGACAGCGGCAACUGGAUCGAGAUCGCUUACGGCACCAGCUCCGGCUCGGUUCGGGUCAUUGUGCAGCACCCGGAGACAGUGGGCUCGGGCCCUCAGCUCUUCCAGACCUUCUCAGUCCACCGGAGCCCCGUCACCAAGAUCAUGUUGUCUGAGAAACACCUCAUCUCAGUGUGCGCGGACAACAACCACGUACGCACUUGGACCGUCACCCGCUUCAGAGGCAUGAUCUCCACCCAGCCUGGCUCCACGCCGCUCACCUCCUUCAAGAUCCUCAGCCUGGACGAUGCCGACGCUCAUGCAGGCUGCAGCGCCGGCACCGAGAUAGGACCAUAUGGUGAGAGAGACGACCAGCAGGUGUUCAUCCAGAGAGUCGUACCAGACACGGACAAGCUCUACGUUAGAUUGUCAUCCAACGGCAAGAGGGUGUGUGAGGUGCGCUCAGUGGACGGCACGUCAAUCACAGCCUUUAUGGUCCACGAGUGCGAAGGAUCCAGUCGUAUUGGCUCACGUCCACGGCGCUACCUGUUCAGCGGCCAUGGCAACGGCAGCAUCCAGAUGUGGGACCUGACCACCGCCAUGGAGAUCGCCGGCAAAGUAGACAUCAGAGCACUGGGCGGGCCUACAGAGGAGGAGUUGCUGGAGCUCUUGGACCAGUGUGACCUGGCUCUGACCAGAACACCUGACAGCACGCCCAGAGCCUCCACGUGCAGUCUGUACUCACAGCUCAGUGACAGCUUCAGACCAGAGCGUCUUCAUUCUGCAGGAGGAGGAAGAGGAGCUGGCGCGUUGGGUUCAUCUGGGUCGCUGUGCGGUAGCCUUCCUCGCCAAGCUCCGCCCCCAGUCCCACUCACCAGGCCCACCCGUGACCCGCCCUCCUUCGCCUUCCCCGCCUGUGGAUCACAGUCCCUCUCCGGCUGCAGCCCGCGCCCACAUCGCCAUAUGGAUCGAGACAGGGAAUGGGGGUCUGUUCACAGGGGAAGUUUUGUGGAGCGCUGCCAGGAGCUCGCCAAGGGUUCUGAGGUGGUUACAGGGUCGGAGGGCAUGAGGCGGAGUUUGGCCGUGUGCAGCGAGUUAGAAGCUCGCUUCGGCCUCAGGACGCCGAGCACCUUCUCUGUGUCGCCCGGCCCACGCCCGUCCCCCCGGGGAGGACCUUCUUCUGUGACAUCAUCAUCACCAUCACCACAAUGCAGGGCGACGCCCACUUCCCCCACAAGCCCCGCUUCAGCAUCUGCAAGCCCAACACGAUCUCAGACACCCGGUUCCGUUAGACGCAGCUCCGCUACUUCUCCGUCAGACCUCCGGACGUCGCCUGAAAGCCUGAAUAGUCCAGACAGCCCAGCCAGCGGCAGCACCAGCAGCUCGACUGCCAGCCCCAAACCUCAGAUGAACGAAACAAGCUUCUGACCAUCUGACAACUCAUGUGACAGGAAGUUCCGCCUGGUGGCUACUUCCUCUCCACCGUCUGUUGCCACAGUUGCCACCCUAGCCAACUUGUCGCCAAAGCUGCCUGACAACAUUCUGACUUCAGCCAAUCCAGUCAAAGGUUUGCUAAGCUCCUCCCUCUCGUGAGCACUGCCACUUCUACUUCUACACUUAAUUGGUUGUCUUACAUUUGAAGGGGAAAAUAAGCUUUGAAGUGUUUGCUAGCUUGUUUCAUUAGCUGCCUUCAAGUGCCCCGAAACAACAUGAAAUGUAGCUUCAGGUUUUGUAAAUGUGAGCACCUUUUCUAUUUUCUUACGGUUUCUGCAGCUCAUUUUCUGACCCGCUUGGCCUUUGACCUCGCGGUUUUAUUGUAGUUGUGAAUGUGCACACUUUUUAACAAGCAUCAGGAAACACCAGCAUCAUUACGCUUCCGAACAACUUGUAUUCAGCAUUCCAUCAUUAUGACAUCAUUUGUAAAUACGAUGAGUGAAUGUACUCAACUUUGUCAUCUUUCUAUCAAGUGUGUGUGUGUGUGUGUGUGAGUGAUAGAGCGAGACAGUAGACAGAUUUUCCUACAAGUGAUUUGCUGUAAAACAAUAUAAAAUUGAAAGUCUGACUAAAAAUAUUGAAAAUAGGUUCUUUUAAUGCAAAUGAACUUGCAUGAAGGUUGAUUCAAGUAAAUUCUUCAGCUCAGUGAAGAAAACUAAUCAGUGAUCGAUAAGUGAUCAAAGCGCUGUCAAUCAGCAGGUCAUCACAC